AUGCCUUCUCCAAGCCUCGACAAAGACACUUCCGGUCCCAAGACCCCACAAUCAAGUUUAGAAGACGGAGUAGAGCUCAUGGUCCGCGGAACAUUCAAGGAAUAUGUGGAACGUACAUUUGGUGAAAGAUACAUUCUCGAGCAUCCAGAUCUAGUCUCUCUUUUUGAGCCUUCAAAUCCCCGUGAAUCGUCCAUAUCUGUUAUUUCACCAGCAUUAGAGCUACUUGAGCUUGCUUUCGCGUCACUCACGGAGGCCGAAGUUCAAUCCACCGACAUUAAAAGCGCUCUUCAUACGAAAUUUUUCUUUGACGAGACUUUUUCGAUACCUUCAUCACUUGAAAAUACAUCGGUGAAAGCAUUGGUGCUGGUCAUAAAAGCUAUAAGUAAUGAUGGCUUGCCUGUUGAAAGGAAAGAACCCAGAGAGUUCAUUAAUUUUUCUGAGCCCGUUCGUAAUCAUCUCAUUUAUAAGUGUAGUUCCCCGAAUAACUGCACGGGGAACACACUGGAAUGCAUCAUCGAUUCCGAGGGUCCAUCGGUUAUCCAGAGACCUACCGAAGACUCACCGGACUAUCUUCCUCAUCAUUCAACCACGAGUAGUGAUUUCAAAAUAGAUUUUGUUCAUCCUUGCCACGAGUAUACUGAGCUCUCCGACCUGCUUCACGGCACCAAUCAAACAGAUCGACUCAGUCACCACAACGGGGUACUUUUAGUACCAGAAAAUCGGACCCCCAAUUAUUACAAGUAUGUCAAGAAAUUGAUCGAGAACAAAAAUCAUGGAAUUAUUGCAACCUAUAUGGGGUGCUGUAAGCAUAAUCCUCGUCUUUGGACGAAGAUAAAUGACGAAACCAUGAGCGAAGAGAAACAUAAAUUUAACUGUCGUGUUUGCAGUCAUAGUUGCGCUUUACUGGAUGGUAGAAUAUGUACUCAUUGCAGCAAGGAGAAGGUUUUGCAGAAAUUGGAUUGCAAAAAGGAGUACGGAGUGCCCCUGACGAGCUAUAUUCGGCACUGUAGUCCACAGGGACCGAGCGAGGAUAUACUACGCCACUAUUAUUUGGACAAAGACGAAGACGGGGUGGUUCAAGAAUUGGUGAACUACUCGAUAAGCGAUAUAGUGGCUGACGCCCUUCAAAAGUCAAUCUGA